GUCAUCGUCACGGUCGUCGCCGUGUCCCUGGCUCUGCUCACCGGCACAAGUAGCCCUGAGCCUGAUUCACGAAGAACGUACACUCUACAGAAUUACUUGAACAAUGACUAUAAGUACAGAACACAUAAUUUGCAGUGGAUUUCAGGAAAUCAGUAUCUUCACAAAACAGCUAAUGGAGAUAUCCUACGUUUCGAUGUUGACGCCGGAACAUCCUCAGUAAUCUUGGCGAAUACGACAUUAGAUAAAUACAAGGCAACCACAGUUAUAUUGUCUCCUGACCAAAGGUUUGCUCUUCUGCAGUACAGCUAUACAAAGUUGUGGAGGCAUUCCUAUACAGCUUCGUAUCACAUCUAUGAUUUCAAUAGCAGUUCUAUCUUGGAUGACAGUCUGCUACCUAAUGAUACACAAUAUAUAUCCUGGUCACCUGUUGGUCACAAACUGGCAUAUGUUUGGAAUAAUAAUGUUUAUAUAAAAGUUUCACCAACAGCAGAAUCUGUGCAAAUCACUGACAAUGGAGAAGAAAAUAAAAUUUUCAAUGGAAUACCAGAUUGGGUUUAUGAAGAGGAAAUGUUUGGCACCCAUUCUGCUCUGUGGUGGUCUCCAAAUGGCAAUUUUGUGGCAUAUGCAACAUUUAAUGAUACAGAAGUUCCUGUUAUAGAGUAUUCCUUUUAUUCUGAGGACACCUUGCAGUAUCCAAAGACCAUUAGAAUCCCGUAUCCCAAGGCAGGAGCUACAAAUCCAACUGUGCAAUUCUUUAUUGUGGAUACCAAAUCACCUUCUGAUUUACACCCUACCAAAAUUUCUCCACCUGCAGAAAUACAAUUGAGGGAUCAUUAUUUGAGUGUUGUAACGUGGGUGACAGAUGAAAGGAUCUGUCUGCAAUGGCUCAGAAGAAUUCAGAAUUUUUCAGUCCUUACAGUCUGUGACUUUGAAAAUGCUACUGGAAUUUGGUCAUGUCCACAGGUAAGAAAAAUGAGGAAAAACAACGUACGGAAGAAAGUACAACUGGCUGGAUUGGCAGAGUGACCAUCUGUCCCUCACUUUGCACCCGACAAUGCUACCUACUACAAAGUCUUCAGCAAUGCAGUAGGUUACAAGCACAUCCAUUACAUAAAUGGCUCGCAGGCUCCAGUACCUAUUACUGAAGGAAAAUGGGAAGUAAUCAGCAUAGAAGCUGUAACCGAUAAAUUUCUAUACUACAUUAGUAAUGAAAACGGUGGAAUGCCAGGAGGAAGAAAUCUUUACAAAGUGCUCUUGGAAAGCAGUCCAAAUUCUACUAAAUGUGUUAGCUGUGAUCUGAAUCAAGAAAGAUGCCAGUAUUAUUCUGUGUCCUUCAGCAAAGAUGCACAGUAUUAUCAGCUAGAUUGUCGUGGUCCUGGCCUGCCUGUAUCUACUCUGCACAGAAGCAGUGAUGAUCAAGUCCUCAGAUACUUGGAAAAUAACACUGAACUGGAAAAUUCAUUGAAAGAUAUUCAGAUGCCUUCCAAAAAAUUUGGCUCCAUUAGUAUAGGUGGAUACAACUUGUGGUAUCAAAUGAUACUGCCUCCCCAUUUCGAUUCAUCAAAGAAGUACCCUGUGCUCCUUGAUGUUUAUGCAGGACCCUGCAGUCAGAAAGUAGAUUAUGCCUUCCGGAUCAGCUGGGCUACUUACCUGGCAAGCACCGAGCAGAUCAUUGUGGCCAGCUUCGAUGGCAGAGGAAGUGGAUACCAAGGGGAUGAAAUUAUGCAUGCAAUAAACCGAAGGCUGGGAACAUAUGAAGUGGAAGAUCAGAUAACAGUAGCCAGAAAAUUUUCUGAAAUGAGCUUUGUUGAUAAGGACAGAAUAGCUAUUUGGGGUUGGUCUUACGGGGGAUAUGUGACCUCCAUGGUGCUUGGCUCUGGAAGCGGCGUGUUCAAGUGUGGAAUAGCGGUUGCCCCCGUGUCACGUUGGCAAUAUUAUGAUUCAAUAUACACGGAGCGAUACAUGGGCCUUCCUAUAGAAAGUGAUAAUCUGAAAAACUAUAAUAGUUCAACAGUAAUGGCCAGAGCUGAAAAAUUCAAGGACGUUGAGUAUCUCCUUAUUCAUGGAACAGCAGAUGAUAAUGUUCACUUUCAGCAAGCAGCGCAGAUUUCCAAAGCUCUUGUUGAUGCUGAAGUGGAUUUUCAGGCAAUGUGGUAUACCGACAAAGACCAUGCCAUCACUGGUCAAGCACAUAAGCAUAUUUAUACCCAUAUGAGCUAUUUCAUAAAGCAGUGUUUCUCACUGCCCUAGCACCGGCCGUUGGGGUUUUAGUGAUGGUAUUGCUUCAGAGAGCUCUAGUAAUGUACACUGAGCCAGUAUAAACACUUACGAAUCAAGAU